AUGCUGUCCAUUUGCAUAUUUCAAAAUUAUGUUGCUGAAAUGUCGCCGCCCACAUCGGAAGCCCUACCAUUUCUAGGAGCGUUUUUUGCACUAUGUAUGUGCACGUGUGCUUGCUUGUGUGGUUGCCACGACGCUGGCGUUGAACUUUCAUCAUCGAAACUCUUAUUCGCACGAGAUGGGAGAUAUGUUUCGUAG